AUGCCGACUGCCGAUCCAACGAUGCUACCUUAUUUGUCGGUUUUCAAAUCGCCAAACCCUCGAGCGAAACAGGUCUGCCAGCAGUGCCGAGCUCGCAAGGUUGGCUGUGAUGGCAGACUCUCUACUUGUCGCAACUGUGAGCGCCUGGGCUUCCAAUGUUCGUUUACCCAGCCAGGUGAAUCGCUUCGAGUCGCUAGUGUGCGAUCCGGUCCAAGCACUGCCGAAAGACCCGAGCGGCUACGAGGGCGGAGUUCCUGUUCACAAUGUCGCAUGCGGAAGAUCCGCUGCUCCAACACACACCCAAGUUGUGCGAACUGUAUCAAAUAUGACAGGCCUUGUUCAUAUCCUGCAUCGACGGGGGCCCAGCGACGCAACAGAAAUUUCGGGGGACAUGGGGAACAUGUGGAACAUGUGGAACAUGGGGAAGAAGAUCUACGGAGUGCUCCACCGCUGGGAUCUCGAGACCCUGAUGCUGCAUUUUCGGAAAACGAUUCAAUGUCUGUUAGAUACGGCUUACUGCCACCCAAUCUAAACAAAGAAAACGCCCAGGAAGAUCCAUCACAUAGUGAAGCGACAGAACUGGUCCGAAACUUCUUCGAGUAUCUUUAUCCAGUUCCUUCUUAUGCAUUUUUGCAUCCUUCCACGACCUUAGCAAAAUGUAACGGAGGAACACUGGAGCGACCACUCAUUCUCGCCAUUUGUGCCUUGACCUCUUUGCACAGGCCCGUACACAAUAUGCACGUCGACCGGGAGAAAAGUGCCAUAUGGGUGUCGAACGCAGAAGAGACCAUUUGGAAAUGCCUGGAGAAUCCAUCAAUGCCUCGUUUGCAAGCCCUUUUGCUGACGAUCAGCUAUCGAAUGGCAACAGGGAGCUAUGAAAAGGCAUUCAUGUUGACUGCUAUAGCCGCCCGCGCGGCAUCUGCCAUGGGUCUUAAUCAUGAGCAAACACACUUGGAUCCGAUUUUGGAGGAGACCAGGCGCCGGACAGUAUGGUGCUUCAAGUUGCUUGAGUCAUAUUUUUCUAUCGGGCUGACGGAAUUUGAAGUCUGCCCCUUUGAGUGCAUUUACUUACACCCUCCGUCAUCGGAAGAGUUCUUUGGUUUGCUAUGUCCACCCGGCUCUGAAGAUUUUGCCAUCUACGCGUUGAGAGAUCAGAAUGAGCUGGGGUCACUAAAUAUGUGUAUUCGUUUGGCCUCUAUCCGCAGGGACAUUAUGAAAUUGACACGGGAGCUUGCUGUUUGCAGCGAGCCUUACUUACAUCUCAAAGACGUGACUGCGGGCCUCGAGGAGAUGCUCUGUGAACUCAAAGCCGAAAUGCCAAAUCAAGCAGGUCUCAAGACCACGGACCUGACGAAUUUGAUUGAAAGUCCGUGGCUACCCCGUCAUAUUAUGAUGGUUAGCUUAUGGCAUGGCUGCUACUUUGAUCUCUAUCGUAUUUUCCUCCCUGGGUACCCUGAAGCUCCGCCGUCCGUGGUUCUAAGUACUAUCGAUGCGCAGUUUAUACAGAUCGCCACCAGAACCUGUAUUGAACAUGCACUGUCGGUCAUCAAUUUGUUUUGCGACUUGAAUCAAAGCUGUACCAAGGCCCGGCUACUUGAAUUUGCUACGGGGGUAUGCGUUUAUCACGCUAUUCGAUUGAUUCUCUUUAUCGCUCAUUCAUCGACUGAGCCAGAUCUUCUUAGCCUUGAAUUCGCGGUAAGUCGAGCGGAGCUAUGCCUGGCAGCUAUCAAGCGAUUUUUCCACGGACUAGCCUUGGUACAACCAAUCCUCGAUGAUAUUGCGCAAUUGAUUGAAAUAUUUUCAUCAAGCAAUUCCGCCACAGAGACUCUAUCCGUAUUUCACAAAGUGAAUCACGGUCGAAAGUCCGACACACGGAUUCUAUCCGCCGCACGACCCCGGCAACAUUUAGCCGUCCAUAGCGUCUUACAACAGGCCAAGUUUCUCACGGAGGAGCCUCUCGCGUAA